UCUGAAUGUGACAUCGGAACACCUCGGCAUCCAUGACGUCACUUCGAGUACUUCAAUGUUUACAUCCACAAAGUAGCAUCUUUUCUCAUUAAACAUCAUUACGACAGUAUUAAAGCGAUGGGUGGAAGUUGUUGCUGCGUCGGAGGAUGCACUAACAAGAAAAAUGACAGUGUUAGCCUGCAUACUUUUCCAAAGCUGGAUAAUAUGCGAAAAAAAUGGAUUAAAUCCAUCCAAACGACGAGAAGUGGCGAAUGGAAGGGACCAUCUAAAGAACGUUCUGCGAAUGCACAAUUAGUAUGUUCACAACAUUUUGAAUUCGAAUGUUUCACGAUUACCACAAGAACAAAGUGGCGCCUAGGACUGCCUUGCAAAGCAUGUCUACUAGACGAUGCGUUACCGACAUUGUUUGGGAGUGCUGCAAGACUGUCAAAUAUUGAACCAGAAGUCCCAGAGGUUAACAGACCUGUUAUAAGGAAGAGAGAAAUACAGAGGAUCCUGGUACAACUUCGAGACAGAAAGAGAAAAGGUCAAGAAACCACAGCUCAACCGCUGGUUUUAGGUCCAUGGCAGUAUCCUAUAGAAUGCUGUAUUCCUGACUGUAGUGGCCUACCAAUGAAAGGAGAGACCAACUUCGUUAUCCAUCGUUUCCCGACGCCUCUCGAUGAACGCCAGUCCUGGAUCAAUGCUAUUGUUGCUGUGUACGGCAACAAAUACAAUGUACCUUGGAUUAUUGUCUUUGACCCUUGUCUCAUGGGGAAAACCGGAGAAAAAGACAUAGCAAGUGAAGGGCAGGGUGUAUGCACAUACCAUUUCCGGAAGAACGAUUACAAUGGGGCCAAUAGAUGUAAAGUGUAUUCAGCCCCAAGUGUCUUCAAAAAACAUGUAGAGAUACCACGGACCCAACCUAGUACUAAAUCAUUAUCCACAGAAAGUAAACUAAUCCACGAAAUAAAACCUCAGGUUCCAAAGGGGUGUUUAACAGAAACAAACGCUGUUGUGUCAGGAGCUCAUUGGGAUAUCAUUCAGCCAGAAACUUUAAACAGGAAGAAAGAUGGGAAAUUGGCGACUGGUGAAGAAUGUACAUCAACAAAAAAGGGUGAAAUAUUCAUCCAGUCAAAAGACCUGGAUAUCAGUUGCAGUAGUGUUGCUUCAGCCACAAAGCCAGCUGUAACCAUGGAAGCAGAGCCAGCUUUAACAAUUAAAACAGAGCCAGCUGUAACCAUGGAAACAGAGCCAGCUGUAAUAAUUAAAACAGAGCCAGCUGUAAUCAUGGAAACAGAGCCAGCUGUAACCAUGGAAACAGAGCCAGCUGUAAUAAUUAAAACAGAGCCAGCUGUAAUCAUAGAAACAGAGCCAGCUGUAACCAUGGAAACAGAGCCAGCUGUAAUAAUUAAAAUAGAGCCAGCUGUAAGCAUGGAAGCAGAGCCAGCUGUAAUCAUGGAACAAGAGCCAGCUGUAAUCAUUAAAACAGAGCCAGCUGUAACCAUCAAAACAGAGCCAGCUGAUGAUGAGUAUAACACAACCUCCGGACACAAACAUUAUUCGAGAGGAGAUUCUGACAGUCCUGCCCUAAGAUUGGAAGUGAAGAAAGAAGGCCCCUCAAUAGACAGUGAUGUACAUAAGGGUGGUGGUCUUGUGUUAUCAAAAAGAGUUUCCACUGGGAUUGGUACAAAUUUUGACAAUGACAGACCUAAUAGAAGCAUUAGCUUUGAAACCUUCAGGAAAAGGAAGUACCCAGAAGUGUACAUAGAACAUGCAUACAGUGAUGAAGAGGAAAAUUAUUACUCAUUGAUGAAUAAGAAUAAGGGUAGACUCGAAUUUGCAAAUAACCGGGAUGAGUUUUGCACUAGUAAAGGGAAACAGACUUCUCAGAGGAAUAAAUCUAAACUUGAGGGUAAAAGUCCUGGUUCUUUAAAGAAACAAAAAACUAAGGAGGAUGAAACUGAAGGAAAUUUGGAAAAUAUUGAGGAGCAAGAAUCACAUUUGUUUUGUUUAGGGCUAAAAAAGAAAGGUUUGGAAUCUGAAAAGAACAAUAAAACACCAUGUAAGAGAAGCAUGCGACUUCGAGAAAAAAAGAAAAUAAACAAAUCAUUUUUGGGACGAAGUUUACAACAAGUAUUAUGUUGAAUAUGAGGGAGAUGAAGUUUCGUGGUAAACAGCCUGAAACAGCAGAAAAAUAAAUACGUUGAUGUAUUUACGUUAGCAGAAAGGAGGAGGCUAUUCAUUUGAAAGCCGUUUGCCGCCAGUUGCCAAUGUUGGGGAUUGUUCCUAUGGUUUUCUGUGAUUUAGUGCUAUUUUAUUUCAAUAAAAUGUGAAUAGCAUUGAUAAUGAUAUAUAAGUAUAAGAACUCUGUUUUAAUGUAAGUAAAGUUAUAAACUAUCAUUGAAAUAAUUCAUUUUGAUAUUCCUGUUGAUUUUAAAUAUGUUUUUUUCAGUUAUACUAUCGA